UACACGAUUUCAUCAUAUAUCACAGAUCCUCAUUUGAUUUUGAUUUAAAACAUCAUCGAAAGAUAAGAGGAAGAAAGCGGAGAUGCCUCGCAAUAAUCACUGGUAUUCACAUUUGAAAGCAAAUGAUCUAGAGAAGAAGAAAGAGGUGUCUAAGUACAUGAAGAUGUAUCGACUAAUAAAGGCUGACAUCCGUCAUCUGAUUUCAGAGUUGGCUCCCAACACGGCACAGCCUGGUAAAAGCAAGGCUUGUUACCGAGCAUUACAUCGUAUCUUUCAUGAGAAGUCAACUAUCAGAUCAAAGGAAGCAGCAAGGCUCAUGCUUGCAUUAGGGGAUCCAGAUUUGCUUCGAGCACUCCAACGCCGAUAUUCCAAGCCAGAUUGCUCAGGUUACAUUGAUGUACAACGGAGAUAUAAACAUUCGGACACCAAGAAAAUACAUGGGGUACCUGUAGGUCGCAUUGAGAUGUCUGGCGAUGUAAUUCAUACGGUAUUUUCUGAGACAGGGGUGACUCAAGACGCAUCUCACGAUUCUAAAGGAGACAAAUCAGUCAUGGAAAGAAAAGAGUUGAUAAACAGUGAGCAAAGGAAGGCGAUUAUCAACAAUACAUCAUGCGGAGAUCAACCUUUUCCGAGUAGAUCAAACUUAGGGGGUAACAUUUCACUCCAAGAAUACAGUUUUUCCGUCAGCGAAGACAGGAAAACGUGUCUAGCUACUUCAAGCAAACCGACGAAUGGUACGGAAGGUGCAAACAUCGGAGUCAUAGACGUGGCAGGUUCAAUAAAGUAUGGAGUUCAAGUGACGAGCUCCUCUGUAAGUGCUGGUUGUCCACCUUUCAAGAAAACCUCUAUGGUACUCACAGAGGAAGUCGUGGCAGACAAAAAACAAAGCGUUUGUUUGAGAAAAGAUUUGGUAGGUAUGUCUGCUCCGUCCAAUAUUCCCGCUAGGACAGAUUCGGUCUCAAAUUACCUUGAGAAAGCAGGCACCGUACAACCAUUAGGGUAUUUGUCAAGUUUAUGUGCCUCUCCAGUUCCACAGGAUUCUUUAGAUCAGGCUACGCUGAUGUGGAACCAUAAGCAAUAUCCGCGGCCCUCGUCGGGACCUGCGAUAUUACUAUCAGACAACAGUCCCGAUCAAAAGAAACGAGUCCUGCAUGCCACGAGUUUACACCGUCGACCAGGAGCUAUUAGUUUACCAGACGGUAGGAUAAGUAUACCGGCAUCGAUUCCUAAAAUGCCUUCUUCUACCUUAAUUAAUCGUGUGAAGAGCUCACAAGAAGUAUCGCUGAUGUCGAACAUAUCUCAGACUCGGAAGAACAUUGUGAUGACUUCAAUGGGAAUGAUGGACCCAAUGAAUUCAUCUACUAGAUAUGAACUACCCCAGGGCAUCUUUGAAGACCUUCAUGUUGUCAAGCAGCAUCGCCGUAGUUGCUUUGCCGAUGGCAACUCGUUAGUAGAGGUACGACCAAGAUCAAUGCCCACCGCGCCGACAUUGAUCGCCACCCAUACUCCGGAUGGAAAAUUCAACGUCCCCAUCGACAUAGAGAGUAAUCGUCGUGCUAUCCUCGUCAUAAAUGCGAUGAAUAAUGUUCGUCCUACUUAUUUAUCGAGGCCGACAUGAUUGGGAGUAGAAAACGCUCGAUGUUUUUAAUCAUGUUAAUUAAUCGUAAUCACUUUUAUAGUCAUGUUUUGAUAUUCAAACUCUACCUUGAUAUGGUGAUAAUCAGGUAUUUCAUAAUCAUUACCUUGAUAAUGAAUAAAUGGACCUGCAAUCAUGACUCAAUGAGUUAAAGCUCAAACGAAUUCUGGAGUAGGCAAAUUAUUGGAUUUAACCAAUUUUUUUUUUGUACAAUUGGCAACUUUUUUUUUUUCAAGUAUCGGGUAUAAUUUUGGGCUUAAUCUCAGCGCCACAUAGGGCUAACAAACUUUGUUUUAAAAUGUCUUUACGAACGCAAGCAAAGAAACAGAGAGAGAGAGAGAGAGAACAAUGUGAUAAAGUGGAUGAUAUAUACAUGUACAUAUAAAAUGCGUACAGAAAGAAAGAAGCUAAAUGCCAGAGAAAGUAAAAGCGUUCAUGCAUUACUUUCAUAUGAAACAAGAGUUUAAGUUUUUUAAAUUGAAUGAAUUGAAUGAAUUGAAAUUGAAAUAAGUUGUGUUUCUAAGACGAAUAAUCCUAAUAUGUAGCUACCAAAACAAUCAUGAAUACUGUAACUCGUAAAACGAUUACUUAUACUACUUAUAGAACAAUAUACGAUUUCGUAUAGUGCUAGUUUUCGCUAGUGAUCAACGUUACAGAAUAUCUUUCGUAAUGUAAUACUGCUGGAUUAAUGGUUAACUACAUGCAUAUACUUUUCUACUCCCUUUUAACUGCCAAGACUAAAUGGAAUGGCAGGCUUUAACAGUAACAAAAGAGAGAGAGAGAGAGAGAGUUCUA